CCCAUGCCGCCCUCCGGGCUGCGGCUGCUGCCGCUGCUGCUACCGCUGCUGUGGCUACUGGUGCUGACGCCUGGCCGGCCGGCCGCGGGACUAUCCACCUGCAAGACUAUCGACAUGGAGCUGGUGAAGCGGAAGCGCAUCGAGGCCAUCCGCGGCCAGAUCCUGUCCAAGCUGCGGCUCGCCAGCCCCCCGAGCCAGGGGGAGGUGCCGCCCGGCCCGCUGCCCGAGGCCGUGCUCGCCCUGUACAACAGCACCCGCGACCGGGUGGCCGGGGAGAGUGCAGAACCGGAGCCCGAGCCUGAGGCCGACUACUACGCCAAGGAGGUCACCCGCGUGCUAAUGGUGGAAACCCACAACGAAAUCUAUGACAAGUUCAAGCAGAGUACACACAGCAUAUAUAUGUUCUUCAACACAUCAGAGCUCCGAGAAGCGGUACCUGAACCCGUGUUGCUCUCCCGGGCAGAGCUGCGUCUGCUGAGGCUCAAGUUAAAAGUGGAGCAGCACGUGGAGCUGUACCAGAAAUACAGCAACAAUUCCUGGCGAUACCUCAGCAACCGGCUACUGGCACCCAGCGACUCGCCAGAGUGGUUAUCUUUUGAUGUCACCGGAGUUGUGCGGCAGUGGUUGAGCCGCGGAGGGGAAAUUGAGGGCUUUCGCCUUAGCGCCCACUGCUCCUGUGACAGCAGAGAUAACACACUGCAAGUGGACAUCAACGCAGGGUUCACUACCGGCCGCCGAGGUGACCUGGCCACCAUUCACGGCAUGAACCGGCCUUUCCUGCUUCUCAUGGCCACCCCGCUGGAGAGGGCCCAGCAUCUGCAAAGCUCCCGGCACCGCCGAGCCCUGGACACCAACUAUUGCUUCAGCUCCACGGAGAAGAACUGCUGCGUGCGGCAGUUGUACAUUGACUUCCGCAAGGACCUCGGCUGGAAGUGGAUCCACGAGCCCAAGGGCUACCAUGCCAACUUCUGCCUCGGGCCCUGCCCCUACAUUUGGAGCCUGGACACGCAGUACAGCAAGGUCCUGGCCCUGUACAACCAGCAUAACCCGGGCGCCUCGGCGGCGCCGUGCUGCGUGCCGCAGGCGCUGGAGCCGCUGCCCAUCGUGUACUACGUGGGCCGCAAGCCCAAGGUGGAGCAGCUGUCCAACAUGAUCGUGCGCUCCUGCAAGUGCAGCUGAGGUCCCGCCCCGCCCCGCCCCGCCCCGGCAGGCCCGGCCCCACCCCGCCCCGCCCCCGCUGCCUUGCCCAUGGGGGCUGUAUUUAAGGACACCUGUGCCCCAAGCCCACCUGGGGCCCCAUUAAAGAUGGAGAGAGGA